AUGGAGGUGCGCCAGCUCCCAUCCACACAGGCCCUGGAAGCCAAGCUGUCCCGCAUGUCGUUCCCCGCCGCCAAGGACCAGGAGUCCAUGCUCCGCACAGUGAGCAAGCUCACAGUCACCGAUGUGGCCAAGAUCAGCUUCUUCUUCUGCUUUGUGGUGAGUUACAUCCUGUGAGGGAACUUGUUUUGUUAGUGUCUGUAGACUUAUUUACUUGGUAGAUUCUCAAACUUCUGUAUACUAGCUGGGCACCUCCGUAUUAAGUUGGAGGAAGAAAAGUCAAUAUCUUAAAUACAUCUUUGGAGUAUCUACAUUUGGGAUUUGGUUCAAAUGCAUAAGGCAAUAUAGGCUUUUUUAUGUCUGUCAACUUAAUCUAAGUAGUUGAAUUUGUCACAUUACUGUUAACUGUCAGUAGUAGGUGAGUUAACUACAAAGUUUGUUAUUAUCAUUGAUGAGUUAUUGCUGGUAGUACUACUAAUUUUGCUGCAGUGUGUUUGCUGUAGAAUACCCCUAGGUUCGUUCCAUAUCAUUUCAGCAAGUCAUGACACCCACCAUCUCAGAUUGUUCUGAAAUCAGUUAUGUAGUUAGAAACAGAUAGGAUUAGCAUUCCUGCAACAUUAUUUUGUUGAAAUAUAAUUGGAUCUCUAAAUUACACUGAACAAAAAUAUAAACGCAACAUAAAGUGUUGGUCCUCAGAUAAUUUUUUACUUUUUUUCUGCUCAUUGUGGUACACACAGUGACAUAAAACAGGAGAAUGAUUCCUUUUCUCUAUUCAAACUGCUUGAAUUAGUGAUUUUUAUAUUGCAUGCACCUUUAACUCACCACAGGUGAGUUCAAUUCCAAAGUAAAGGAGAAUCACCUGCAUCAAACUACUUCUAGAAGGUGCCAAUAAUAUUGUCCGGGCCAUUUUAGGAUUUCUUUGUGGAAUAAGCUAAGAUUUUGUAAAUUAUUCAAUUUUGGGGGGUUUUGUUCAACUGCAAACCAAAGACAUACAUAUGUGGAUACCAAAAUAUAUGUUAAUUUCAACAGUUUUCUGGAAGAAAUUGUGCAUUAUUUGAAAAAAGUCAUGGUUUUGGGGUUUGCCCUUCAUGAAUAGUGUACAUUUGUGUAAAAUAAUACAUUAUGCAUGCAGAAUCCUGAACUCUUUUAUCUUACACACUUUGCGCUUGUAAACAAAUCUUUGUAUCGUAACUCAUUUCGCACAUGAGCAUUGACACAGAACUGAGGGAAGAUUACAGACACGAGUAAUAGGGCAAUCUACCAUAUUUGGUACACAUCAGAAGUGUGUCAUGCUGACACGUCUCCCCCUCCUACUUCUCUCCCUCACAGUUGUUCCUAGCCAACCUCUCCUACCAAGAGGCCCUGUCAGAGACUCAGGUUGCUAUAGUGAACGUUCUGUCCUCCACUUCAGGUUAGUCCGUACACUAAAUGUGGCGUCACAGCUAAUUCUACAUGUAGGAUCAUGGAUGUUCCUUUGUAAUAACAUUGUUGCAAAGAAAUGUUACGAUGUUAGAAAACUACAGCAUGUGUAUUUCAACAUGUCACCUUGAACAGGUUGAACACUGUUGGUAUUCUCGCUGGUAUUUGUCCUCCUCACCAGGUCUCUUCACCCUCAUCCUGGCGGCCAUAUUUCCCAGUAACAGCAGUGACCGCUUUACUCUGUCCAAGCUUUUAGCUGUGGCUCUGAGGUAAGCCAUGACAUCAGCUGAAUUAUUGUAGUUACUCUGGGUUCUUACUAUUAUCUGUGGUUACACUGUUUGUCUGGUCUCUUUCCCCAUAGCGUGGGAGGAGUGCCUCUGGUCAGUUUUUCCAGCAUGGACAGCCCCGAUGGGAAGGGCACUACAGGUAACCAUGGAGAUAAAAGUACUCCAGAUAAACAUCCUUCCUCAAAACCGUUUAGUUUUUGUUUGGCUUUUUUCCUACCUCCUGUUACUUUCCUAUCCCACUUCAUAUUGUAUUUAUUUCUAUUGUACUGUACUUGAUUUACUAUUGUCUUUGUGUCCUAGAAAUGUGCUAUAUAAAUACAAUGUAUUAUUUAAGCAUUAAAUCAACUCUUGAAGUGCAAGCCAUGCCACGAUGUCACGUUUGCUUGCAUUGUAGAAAAAAAAACCGUUUGGAGUGUAACCAUGAGUUGUAACUCGUGAUACAGGGAUGUAUUAGCGUAAGACAACAAAACAAUGAAGUCGUGUUGGUUCAGUCUCCCUGUGGUCGUUGGCCGGGGCUGCGCUGUACGCAGUCUACAUCGUCAUGAUCAAGAGGACGGUGGGUGGGGAGGACAAGCACGACAUCGCUAUGUUCUUUGGUAAGUAGAUCAUAGUUAGGUCCUUAUUUUAUUUUAUUUUUUUUUGUCAUUUAGCAGACGCUCUUAUCCAGAGCGACUUACAGGAGCAAUUAGGGUUAAGUGCCUUGCUCAAGGGCACACCGACAGAUUUUUCACCUAGAGUCAGGUGUGGCAGCUUGGUCUGUUGCUGAUUUUCAGAUGCUUUUUUUUCUUCACUGAUAUAACUCCGUAUAAUGAUCCUGAAUUGAUUGUGUAUACAGUCAUUCUAUUAAAUGAAAGGUUUGUAAUAUAUAACAUUUUCACCUGCAAAUAGCGCUAAAUGUCAAUAACAAAUAAGUAGUAAUAAAGUAGUCAUUUUCUCUUAUUUGUGUCUCUUAGGGUUCGUGGGGUUGUUCAACCUGCUCCUCCUGUGGCCAGGCUUCGUUGUGCUUCACUACACAGGCUUUGAGGCCUUUGAGCUGCCCAGCAAGCUAGUGUGGACCUACGUCCUCAUCAACGGCCUCAUCGGCACUGUGCUCUCCGAGUUCCUCUGGCUCUGGUGCGUCUCGGUUGAUGAAUGGAUUGAUUGGUUUGAUUGAUUGAUUGAACGACCACAUAAUAUGUUUACUACUCCUUGUACACUCUUGUACACACACUGUGCAGAAACACGUAUCUUGAAUCCGAACUUGAUAUCUGUGCGCUUAACUUGGACUUGCACGUAAAUCAUGCAUUGAUGUCAAUGGGAGAUUUGCACCAAAAUGCUAGUUACCCGCACAUAUCUCGGGUUAAGAUUCGGCCCUAUGUCUAUAGCAGUGGUCACCAACCUUUUCUGUGUCAAGAUCACUUUCGCAGUUAAAAAGCAAGCCGAGAUAUACUGCUCAUAGUAAAAAAAUGUAAUGUUACCCAAAUAAAAACAGUUCUGUAGUAAUGAGGUUUGUGCAGUAGGCUUUUUUAUUUUUAAAACAAGGUCAAAUCAUGACGUCAGUGAUCUUCAGGUCGGAAAGUCUAAGCUCUAGAAAGAUUUGGAAUUCCGAGUUGGAUGACGGUUCACAAUGAAGUUGGAGAUUUCAAAGUUCCCAGUUGUUUUGAACACAGCAUUAAUCUCAGCGGAGGGGGGGUAGAGCGCAGCAGAGUGUCCCUGCUCUCUCCUUCCUUUCCUCCGGUGAGACUGACAAGAGAGAGGGGACACAGUCUUCCACCUGAUGGUGAAACUCAAGUCACACCGCAUCUGCCUCAUGCACAAAUUAAUGUUGUUCCUAUGACCAGAGAAAGUGAAAUAUUCCUCGAUAUUAACAGACACGACGCGCUGCUAAUAAUAUUUUAAAAACGCAGGCCUAUCGAUACGCUUGGCUACUCAUUGCAGCUGCAGUGCGAGUGAAAGUAUGGAGAAGCACGUUAUGUAAUGACGUUGAUAAAAACAGUGUUGACGGUGCUGAAUAAAAACUUAGACAUGAACUCACUCAUAAAAACAGCAGCUCUUUGCUGUAUUCUUUGACAGUCUUUCUCUGGUCGUGGGUUUAAAAGUGAUUAAAUCGUACGUAGGCUAGUAUCGAAUUUUGGUCGUGGAAGCUGCAGGCACAGUGAUUUGUUGGUGACCACUGGGCUAUAGUGUGAUAUGCAGAGUUAUGCCGAGUGAUAACCAUUUUAUUUAUUGCCUAAGAGGGGCAUUUUUGCAUUUGAUUUAAUUGUAGCGUUGUUGCCUGUGUUCUAUAUAAUGUUGUGUGUACUCUCCAUAGGGGCUGCUUCCUCACAUCCUCCCUCAUAGGCACUCUGGCCCUCAGCCUCACCAUCCCACUGUCCAUCACAGCAGACAUAUGCAGAAGGUAA